UUGAGAGUGGGUGGAUGAGUACGCCUUCCUGAUUUUUAUAACAAGAAAUAUUAUAUCGUGAGUAACUGCAAAAAAAUAAAAUGCCGACCUUUUGUGCGAUAACUUUCAAUGAAAAUCCUUCGGGGGUUUAUUGCGGAGGGCAAGUAUUAUCCGGGAAAGUUUCCCUUACAACCAACCGAAUAAAAGCAAUUAGAGGUAUUUAUAUAACCGUCCGCGGUUAUGGAGAUGUUCGAUGGACAGAGCAUAGAACUAGGAAUGGGGCAAAUCGCAGGAGAGUAACAGACACUGUUUGGUAUCGGGCUCAUGACGACUACUUCAAUUCUCGUGUGGAUGUUUUACGUAGUCCAGAUGGGAAUCGUUUCGAUUUGGUACCAGGAAAAUAUGAGUACAACUACCAAAUUCUAUUGCCAUCUGAACUGCCCUCUUCCUUUAACGGCCAGUAUGGAACGGUUCGAUAUGAAGUGAUUUGUACAAUUGAUCGUCCAUGGAAAUUUGAUAACGUUUUCAAACAUCCCUUCACAAUUAUAAGACCCUUGGAUUUCAACCAAGCAACAAUAUAUAUGCAACCCGUCGAACGACAGGAAACGAAACAAUUCUCAAGAAUCUUCUGUUGUGGCCAUGGCGGCGAAAUCUACAUCAAAGGAAGCAUCCCCGUUGGCGGAUUUGUUCCUGGGCAAACUAUACCAGUCUCGGCGUUUGUAAAAAACUUAGCAAGAGUUAGUUGUUAUGAAACCAACGCUUGCCUCGUUCAAACUGUAGAGUAUCGGAGCUACACACCUCAUCGGAAAAGCAGAUUCGAGGUGACACCAGUGACUCUGAACUUAUUUGGUCCGUUGGAAAAGUAUGAAGAAAAGGAACUCAGUUGCAAUCUAUGUAUUCCUGCGAUUGCACCAACGAGUCUCAAUUCGUGUAACAUUAUUGAGGUAUCAUACUAUGUUGAAAUUCAGCUUAAAACUCGAGGCCUCCAUAGCAAUAUGACUGUAAAAUUACCUGUAACGAUUGGCACAAUUCCAUAUUUUUAUAAUUACAAUGCAAUGGACACAAGCGUACCAACAACAUCACGAGGAGCAGUUACCCCAGAUGCCCCUCCCGCUUACGAGGAAGCUAUUAAACUGGGUCCAGUUUACUCGACCAACGACGAACAAGAUCAGUACAUGCAGAACGUUGAUUUCUUGCCAAGAUAUCCUGUCUAUAAUUUUGCAAAUGGCACCGGGAUCCAACCCGAUAAUACAGCCCCUGCCAUCACAACUCAACCAACUGAAACCAAAGAGAAAUAUUGAUAAAAGGAAGCAAAUACGGACAACUAACUUACCAGAAAAUUAGGUAUACAGUACAACGGGUGACUAGCUGAGAAUGGCGAAAUGGUUUAACCACUAAAGAGCGUUAAUAUUUGAAAAGUGGAGUUCUGUCAAUAACAUGUUCAUUUGAAGGAAGACCCCUGGCUAAGAUUAAUCGAGAAAAACCACCAAAAAGUCAAAAAUUAAUUCAUCUUUUUGAAGAA